UCCAGCCUCCGCCGCUUCUGCUUCCCGAGCGAGCCCUGCGGCCGCCGGAGCAUCUCCCGCGGCGGAGCAGGAGCCGGAUGGUCAGAGGAGCCCGGCAGUCCCAGCAGCCGCGGAGUCGCCUGGCCCCCAGACUGUCUGGCACAGUGGAGAAACCACCCCGAAAACGGAAAAGCAGGACUGAAUUUACUCUUAAAGAAACUAUGUCCUCUGGAGGUGCUGAAGAUGACAUCCCACAGGGAGAGAGGAAGACAGUUACAGAUUUCUGUUAUCUUUUGGAUAAAUCCAAGCAACUAUUCAAUGGCUUAAGAGAUUUACCUCAGUAUGGACAGAAGCAGUGGCAGUCCUACUUCGGAAGAACUUUUGAUGUUUACACCAAACUCUGGAAAUUCCAGCAGCAGCAUCGACAAGUCUUGGAUAAUCGGUAUGGAUUGAAGCGGUGGCAAAUAGGGGAAAUCGCGUCCAAGAUCGGGCAGCUGUAUUACCACUAUUAUUUACGAACUUCUGAGACCAGUUAUCUGAAUGAGGCUUUCUCCUUCUACUCUGCAAUCAGACAGAGGUCAUACUACUCUCAAGUCAAUAAAGAGGACAGGCCUGAGUUGGUUGUUAAGAAACUCCGAUACUAUGCAAGAUUUAUAGUAGUUUGCCUUCUUCUUAACAAAAUGGAUGUUGUGAAAGACCUGGUAAAGGAAUUGUCUGAUGAAAUUGAAGAUUAUACUCAUCGCUUUAAUACCGAAGAUCAAGUCGAGUGGAACCUGGUGCUUCAAGAGGUAGCAGCAUUCAUUGAGGCAGACCCUGUGAUGGUGUUAAACGAUGAUAACACCAUUGUUAUCACAUCCAAUCGCCUCGCUGAGACCGGAGCCCCCUUGCUGGAGCAAGGCAUGAUUGUGGGACAGUUGUCUCUGGCUGAUGCACUCAUUAUUGGUAAUUGUAAUAAUCAGGUCAAAUUCAGCGAAUUAACUGUUGACAUGUUCCGGAUGUUGCAAGCCUUGGAGAGGGAGCCGAUGAAUUUAGCUUCCCAGAUGAAUAAGCCAGGAAUACAGGAGCCAGCUGACAAGCCCACCAGACGAGAAAACCCCCACAAGUAUCUACUCUACAAACCGACCUUCAGCCAACUGUAUACAUUUUUAGCAGCAUCUUUUAAGGAGCUGCCUGCCAAUAGUGUGCUUCUGAUUUACCUGUCAGCCACUGGCGUUUUCCCCACAGGUCGUUCUGAUGGUGAAGGUCCUUAUGACUUUGGAGGUGUACUUACUAAUAGUAACCGGGACAUUAUCAAUGGGGAUGCGAUCCACAAACGAAAUCAGUCUCACAAGGAAAUGCACUGCCUUCAUCCUGGAGACCUCUAUCCAUUCACAAGGAAACCCCUGUUCAUCGUUGUGGACUCCUCCAAUAGUGUUGCCUACAAGAAUUUUACAAAUUUGUUUGGACAGCCACUCGUCUGCCUUCUUUCUCCCACAGCAUAUCCAAAAGCUUUGCAAGAUCAGUCUCAGCGAGGUAGCCUCUUCACGCUCUUUUUGAACAAUCCUCUAAUGGCCUUCCUAUUUGUGUCUGGAUUGUCAAGCAUGCGUAGAGGCCUGUGGGAAAAGUGUCAAGAAUAUCUUCGAAAAAUCAACCGUGAUAUUGCCCAGCUACUGACCCAUUCACGUUCAAUAGAUCAGGCCUUCCUCCAGUUUUUUGGAGAUGAAUUUCUUCGAUUGCUUCUCACAAGGUUUGUCUUCUGUUCAGCCACCAUGAGGAUGCACAAGGCCUUUCGGGAAACACGAAAUUACCCAGAAUCCUAUCCACAACUGCCAAGGGAUGAAACCGUGGAGAAUCCUCACCUUCAGAAGCAUAUUUUGGAAUUGGCCUCCAUUCUGGAUGUUCGAAACAUCUUCUUUGAAAAUUCUAUGGAUGACUAUUAAAACCCUCUUGU